ACUUGCAAGAAAGCGGGGCCGUCCUCGCAUUCACAGGCUGUGAAUGAGUGCGAGGGGCGAUGGCCGGCCCGCGGGCUCGCUCGGCUUCAGAAAUCAGAAACAAACCAAAAAAGAAAAAGGAAAGAAAACACGGACGUCUGAGCGGACUCCAGUUUCCCUUCCCCCCUCGGUUCCUGAAUCCUGAGAAGAAGUCGGUCAGAUCAGAAGAAGCCAGAAGGGGAUAGAAGAGGAGGAGAUCGCAGCAGGCAGCAGGCAGGAGGCAGGAGAAAGAGGAGGAAGUCGUCGAGGAGGAGGAUGCAGUACAAGAACGUGGGGCGGUCGGGGCUGCGGGUGAGCCAGCUGGGGUACGGGUCGUGGGUGACGUUCGGGAACCAGCUGGACGUGAAGGAGGCGAAGGCGCUGCUGCAGUGCUGCCGCGACCACGGCGUGAACUUCUUCGACAACGCGGAGGUGUACGCGAACGGGCGCGCGGAGGAGAUCAUGGGGCAGGCCAUCCGCGAGCUCGGGUGGCGCCGCUCCGACCUCGUGGUCUCCACCAAGCUCUUCUGGGGCGGGCCCGGCCCCAACGACAAGGGCCUCUCCCGCAAGCACCUCGUCGAGGGCGCCCGCGCCUCCCUCCGCCGCCUCGACAUGGACUACGUCGACAUCCUCUACUGCCACCGCCCCGACGCCGCCACCCCCGUCGACGAGACCGUCCGCGCCAUGAACCACAUCAUCGACCGCGGCUGGGCCUUCUACUGGGGCACCAGCGAGUGGUCCGCCCAGCAGAUCACCGAGGCCUGCGCCGUCGCCGCCCGCCUCGACCUCGUCGGCCCCCUCGUCGAGCAGCCCGAGUACAACCUCCUCUCCCGCCACAAGGUCGAAGUUGAGUAUCUACCGCUUUACAGUAACUAUGGCCUCGGUCUAACCACAUGGAGUCCUCUAGCUUCGGGGGUCCUCACUGGAAAAUACACCAAGGGGAAUAUACCUCCGGAUAGUAGAUUUGCCCUAGAAAAUUAUAAGAAUCUUGCUAGCCGAUCAUUGGUUGAUGAUGUGCUUAGGAAAGUAAAUGGAUUAAAGCCAAUUGCUGAGGAAUUGGGCAUUCCACUAUCUCAACUUGCGAUUGCCUGGUGUGCUUCGAAUCCCAAUGUCUCAUCAGUGAUUACUGGAGCAACUAAAGAGAGCCAGAUCAUAGAGAACAUGAAGGCUAUUGAUGUUAUCCCGCUGCUUACACCUGAUGUGAUUGAGAAGAUUGAGGCGGUCGUUCAAAGCAAACCCAAGCGGCCAGAUUCAUACAGGUAAGUAAAUAAAAUUGAAACAGAGUUUGUUCUUAUUGCCUUCCCCUCUAUGAUUGAUGAUGUUUGAGAGUGAGCUGGGAUUGAUGAUUAAAGUUUGUUUUGUUGGGAUUGAUGGUUAAAGUUUGUGUUGUCAAACUUAUUUAUGUUCGUCACUGAUCAGGCGAGGUCUUAUUUAUAUGCUUUGGAUAUUUUUAUUAAAGGUGCUGCAUAAAUAUUACAUGCCGGAGGCUGUUGGUUGUUUCCAUCUGUCUUUGGACAUAUUUUCUUAUUAAUGGUGUUUUUCUUCCGUACUUUGGUUU